AGUUGUGUAGAAUUUGUUCAUCAAAUCGAGAGUUGAGAUUCAGUUUUGUAUUUUCAUUAUAUCUUAUAUUUUCUUAAAUUACAUUCAAAACACAUUCAAAAUAAUGUAUUUUCCUGUGAAGACAAGUAUUCUCAUUAUAAUUAGCAUAAUGUUAGUAAAAGUGAUUAAAUGUUACCCGACCGGUGCCCCCGAGGCUGUGUGCGAAGGUCUGGUGCCCAGACAUGGCGUAGCGCCACAAACCUCGAAGUCUCCGUACGUAUUGACUGCACACCAAACCAAUGGCUCAAUGAUUGAGCUCAUCAUCGAAAGCCAUCAAAACACGCCUUUCCGAGGAUUCGCAAUACAGGCCCACAAUGUAAACCAAUCUAAUGAAGUGAUCGGACAGUUCUCGGUUCAGGAGCAGGACAGACAACAUAUCCAUACUAUCCAUUGCUCUGGCGGUCGAAACAAUACGAUAACACAUUCGGACAAAGAUGUCAAGCAGAGUGUGUCCGUCCAGUGGAAGGCGCCUUCAGACUUAACCAAAGGAACUGCCAUUAAGUUUGUGGGAACUGUAAGUGUGUCCGUCCAGUGGAAGGCGCCUUCAGACUUAACCAAAGGAACUGCCAUUAAGUUUGUGGGAACUGUAGUAAAGGAUGUCAAGACUUUUUGGAUCAAUCACUCAUCUGAUGUCAUUGUUUUAACUUCUUAUGAAGAGAUCAAAGGAAACACCAUCGAUGAUGACUCCCACUCUAACCACCAAAGGGGCUCACACGAUAACCACAAACCAAAACAAAUCACGAAUACACUCAAUCCAUUCUCACUGUUCAGUUCAGUGACAGUUGAACACAACGAAUGCGAAGCAAAAGUUGGCACAAAUGAGACCACUUUUGGCACCUGUUUUACACCCGAAGAAUGUGUUCAACACAACGGCAAACAAAUGGGUCAAUGCGGUGAUGGACAUGGAGUUUGUUGUGUCUGUAAGUCUAAGCAAAAGUUGGCACAAAUGAGACCACUUUUGGCACCUGUUUUACACCCGAAGAAUGUGUUCAACACAACGGCAAACAAAUGGGUCAAUGCGGUGAUGGACAUGGAGUUUGUUGUGUCUGUCUGUCAAUAUCGAGUAGAUUUGAUUGACUUUGAAAUCGCAAACCCAAUUGAAUUCAAGCCAGAGUUAAGAGAAAUCAAUUUUGGAUCAAUUAAUAGUGAGUCCAACUGUAAGGAGGAUCUGUUUGUGGUGACCCAAUCCAAUCGCAAUCAACCCAUCCCUGUAUUGUGUGGUACAAACAAUGGACAGCACACACAAGAAUCACAAAACAAAUCCAAUAAUACCUCUGAAAGCAUAGCCAACAAUAGCACAAACACUACUGACUCGGCAUUAGUCGACAGAAUCGCGACAUUAGUUCAGUCGGAAGCACGUCCUUUGACUGAACCCAUACUGGUUGGCGACACUCCCGACCGAAUGCCGGUUCCCUUCUUUGACACAUCGGAAGCACUGUUACCACUGAGAGCGCGGGCGGCUUUCUAUCCGCGCCGGACAUCCCGGAGAGAUAGCGUUUGCCAAUCAGAUCACUAUUGGAUUACAUAUCCCGGGUCUAAUAGGAUAUGUUCCUAUGAUUUGGAGCCAUUGGUCACUCCUAUCAUAAUAGCGACUAAUUCACAUCAAGUCAUUCAUUUCCAUUCAUCCACUUGGACUCAGUCCACGACAUUCACAGACAUCAAGACUACCCCCAAAGGUUUUGCUGUGGAGUUCGCACACUCUCCCUUAUUUCUAUUAAUCCUAUCAUUUCUCGAGUCGACACAAGCGACUGAAGACAAAUACGUGACUUUAGAGACAAACAAAGGAGACAUCACUUUAGAGCUGUUCUGGUCGGAGACGCCAAAGACGUGCAAAAACUUUGCCCAACACUCGAAGAAUAAAUAUUACGACAACACUAUAUUCCACAGAGUAAUCGAUGAUUUUAUGAUACAGGGCGGGGACCCCCAUGGGACUGGGAGGGGAGGCAAGUCUAUAUACGGAGACGAAUUUAAGGACGAAUUCUCACCCAAACUAAAACACGACAGCGAAGGCAUCCUAAGUAUGGCCAACAAGGGUCCCGAUACUAAUGGCAGUCAAUUCUUCAUAACAUUAACAGCCACUCCACAUCUCGAUGGCAAACACACAGUGUUUGGGAGAGUGGUUAAAGGCAUUGAAGUGGUCAGAGCUAUAGGCAAAGUGGAGGUUAAAAAUAGUUCAGUGAAUUGCUUUAGUAGUGAAUACAGAUAUGGAUAUAACGAAGGAUUCCGAGACUGUAUGCAUAACGUGGACAACAGGUUCAGUCACUGGUAUAUUAAUCCAAAACAAAGUCAUCCGAAAGGCAUUAUGUUUAAGGAUAACAGUAAUAAAGUAGACGCAUAUCUGGGACCUAAUUAUGAAAAUGAACCUGAUGUCUCGAACGGCAGUUUGUUUGGCAUCAAUGAGGAUGUACUGGCGGAUCGUUUGUCAAAAAUGGCCGCAAAUUGUCGCGAAAAAUUGAGACCAGUAUUAGGCGCUUGUGUUGAGAGGGCGGCCAACAGGUAUGCCAUCGAUGUCUCGUCAGACAAAUUAGGUUCAAACGAUUGCAAAGCGCUCUGGGAUUUCAUGUGCUGUCUGACUGAUUACGUGUCGAAAGAAUGCAAACCUAUAGACCUGUCGGUCUUGCAAUUGGGAUUCACAGCCAUUCAGAAGCUUAUUGAGGCGAAAGACUGCAAAAAGUUCAACAGAGGAACUGUCGACUGCCAACCAAAUCAACAAACUAGCGAUGCUUCACAUGAAUAG